AUCGUAUCACGGGACGUGGUGAACGAUACAAAAUCACUUCGCAAUACAGACUCUUGUGCGGUUUCAAGUGACUAAUGGGUCGUGAAAUAUCGCGUUUGCCGCAUGUAAACCUUUAGUCGUUACACGAUAUAUAUCGAACGUUCAUACGUUCUCGUCCUUCUUUUUCUUUAUCUUCGUUUCACUCGUACAUUUAAGCGGAUCUGAUACGUUGGCCGAGUUGACGAUAAUCGUCAUUGACGAACACUCGACGAGCAAACCCAGUAACAAUACAGCCUUCUAUACCAGUGCGUAUAAAGGUUGAUUCCCCUUUCUCGAGAGAACAUCGAUUGUCUACAUUUUCGGAAUUCACUUUUUUUCUCCAUCCGUAUAUUUCUAUUAUCAAUAAACAUUCAAAAAAAUAUAUACAACGUUGCUUGAACGAAGAAGAUAAGGGAAAAAUCCAAUCAAAUUACUCGAGGACACCGAGUUCUUCCCAUAACCUCUACAAAGACUGUUUUGUUCGGCAUUCACGAACCCCAAAGAGAACCACCGCAAAAUUUCACGAUGAAGUAUCUUUGUGUCGUUUUCCUUGCGCUUUUCAGCGUCAAUGCUGUUACUGGUGACGGACUGAAAUGUACGCUCCAGCCAGCGGAUAUUCCUUCGGCAUGGUUGGACAUGGUCGAUCCUUGCAUCAAGAUUUUGGAGGCUCAAGUAAAAACUGAAAUCGAAGCAGCUAUGACUUAUUUGGCUAUGGGUGCUCACUUCGCUCGAGACUCGGUCAACCGACCCGGCUUCAGCAAGUUUUUCAUUGAAAGUGCAAGCGAAGAGAGAGAGCAUGCCAUCAAGGUGAUCGAGUAUUUACUCAUGCGUGGGCAACUCACCACUGAUGUUAGCAAAUUGUUGAAAUUCCCGCUGCAACCGAUCCGAGAGGAAUGGACCAGUGGUGUGGAGGCCCUUUCAGAUGCUCUGAAUUUGGAAGCUCAAGUAACUCGCAGCAUUCGCGACAUAAUCCAAACUUGCGAGGCGCCCAAGAACUCCAACUUCAACGAUUAUCACUUGGUGGAUUAUCUUACUGCGGACUUUUUGGACGAACAAUACAAAGGCCAAAGAGAUCUUGCCGGUAAGAUUUCGACUUUGGGUAAAAUGAUGGCCACCCAUGGUCCACUUGGAGAGUUCUUGUUUGACAAGAAACUUAUGGAAUAAAAAUCCGUCAAUUCAUCGCCACAUGACGUAUAAAUUGUAUAAUAAAAGGAUGCAGUCCAAUAUAUUAAAAGUGUGGCAUGCAAAGAGAGAUUAUCAUAAUUGUAAGCCGAUGUUCGAACAAAUAUUUCUUUUCUUUCAUGAGUUAUUUUAGAAUUUAUAUACGUAUAGUUUAUUUUGAAAAAAAUGUCCUAUACUCGAUUAUCUUUUUGCAUGGCUUUAACAAAUGUUUUGUGGUUAUAGCGCAUAAAUAUCUCCCUGUAUAUGAUCAAAAAUAAAUACUAUAUUCCUAAAUGAA